AUGGCUUGGCUCCAAUCAACCCCAGGCUCCGGCGGCCGCGCAGCCACGCCCACCGUCUUCGAGCAACAACGCGAGGAAAUAGUCCGGGAAAUUGCGGUGGGCAUGGAGCAGGUUCUCCAAAACAUCAACCGACUGAACCGAAACCUGGAGAGCAUCAUCACGGUUGGAAACGAGUUUGGAUCUGUGGAGGCGCUCUGGUCGCAAUUUGAGAACUUUAUGGGCCGACCUGAGGAGGAGGUCGAAGAAGCUCAAGGGCGGAGGCAUGUUAGUGGGGAGAGUGAGGGGCAGGGAAAGUCGGGGACACCGCGUGAGGGAGAAGGUGACUCGAUGGCGAGCCAAUGA